AAAAAAACAAAAAAACAUAGAAAUUGUUACCAUUUGUGAUUUGUGAGUUUCCUACGUAGUGUUCUCAUUCGUUGUUGGUCGUGCUCGUCCUCUUUCUGUCGCCAUUCUCGGCGAUCCGAAGCGCAAAACAACCGCAAUCCCUUCGAAUUUCGUGUCUCGAUCCCUAACCUCAAGCUGGAAGAGAUGAAUUGGAUACAGCGCAAGAUCUACCUUUACAAUGUGACUUUUGGGCUGUAUAUGUUGGACUGGUGGGAGCGUUGUACCUUCAAUAUUGUGGUGAUUGUAUUAAUGUGUUUCGUUCUACGAUAUGUUACUCAGUUCUUCAAGAGGUAUGUUUGGUAAGAAGCAAAACCAUUGUCACGGGAAGAAGCAAAUGUAGAUUGUUACUUGGGGGUUAAUAUUACUUGCAGCCGGUGUAUUUGGUAUAGAUGACUAGGGAAUAUCUUGAUAUAGCCUGACUUGGAAUUUCUUUAAGCUACCCAGAAAUUGCCCUUUUGAUGCCAAAUAUACACCGUCAUGAAUCUUAUUUAAACAUCUUAUAAGCUUGUAUAGGAUGCCAAUUAGCAUUCUUUACAUUGUAAUAAUUGUUGGGAAUGUUCAAUACUAAGCGUUUUUUGACAUUUGAAUA